GUAUAUAUGUAUCUCUAAGCCUCCUGUAGUUAUUGCUUUACAAUGCAGAGUUGCAUAUAUAUUGACUUUGUUUUUGUUUUGCACCCUUCUAGGUGAAUGGCGGGGCGAGCGGACCAAGUGUGGGAGCAUGGAGAGAAGAUAGGCUCCGGCUGGAAGUGCAAGUAUUGCCGUGAGGCAAAGGCUGGUGGAGGGGCAACAAGGCUAAAGGAGCAUUUGGCCCACCGAGGUAACGAUGUGAAGGACUGUCCUUCAGUCCCUAAAGAGGUGAAGGCUUUCUUUGCCCGUGAACUUGACAAGAUAAAGGAGAGAAAGAGGGAAAGGGAGCGACAAAGGCAUAGAAGCACAGCGGCAGCUAGAACUCAGUACGUUGACCUAGAAAAUGAGGACGAUGAUCCUGAAUUACAAGCUGCCAUCCAUCAAUCAAGGGAGGAGUAUGAGUUCAGAGAAAGAGCUGGUGCACGAUACGAGAGGGGUGGUGGCUCUGGAUCGGGCCAAGCGGGACCGCUCCCUAGGAUGUUAAGAAGGAGUCAGACACAAGUGCCAGAGCGGGUAAAGGACUACCAUCUUGCUUCUAGCUCUGGACCGCGCCAACAAAGGAUAGAUACGGGUCCUUGGACCAGCAAGGGGAGGAAUGCAAAGCAAAUUCUUGGGAGGGCAUGGGCGAAGGCAUGCCAUGCCAUUGGUAUACCUGGUAGGAAAGUAGAUGACCCGUACUUUAGGGCGGCCAUCAUAGAGACGCAGAAACAAGGUACAGGGAUCGCAAUACCAAUUGGAAGGGACAUUGAUGGAAAGUACUUGCAAGAAAAUGUGAACGAGAUUAAAAAAGAGAUGGAGAAGUGGAGGCGAUUUUGGCCUGAGUAUGGUGUCACUAUCAUGUGCGAUUCGUGGACGGGCCCUACUCGCAAGAGUGUCAUCAACUUCUUGCUUUAUUGCAAUGGGACUAUGUAUUUUUGGAAGUCUAUUGAUGCGACUGGAGUAUCACAGGACCAUCAAUUCAUACUGAAGGAGAUCAAGAAAGUAGUGAGCCAUGUGGGGCCAGAGAAUAUUGUUCAGAUCGUCACGGAUAAUGGCUCCAAUUACAGGAAGGCAUGUAAGCUGCUGAGUAAUGAGUUUCGGCAUAUCGCGUGGCAGCCAUGCCUUGCACACACGAUUAACCUCAUGUUGAAGGACAUUGGAAAGUGGCCUGAACAUGAAGCAAUGAUUGAGAGUGCCCAAAAAAUUUGCAGUUGGUUCUACAACUCAAACAGUUUGCACCACAUGAUGAAGACUGCCAUUGGUGGCGAGUUAGUAAAAUGGAAUGCAACAAGAUUCGGAACGAACUACAUGUUUCUUGAGAGCUUUCUUAGGAAAAAGGAUCAGUUUAUGGCAUGGAUGGUCUCUGCAGAGUUUAGAGCAACACGCCAUUUUGAUUCUCCUGCCGGUAGGUAUGCAUUCAACAACUUGACAACACUUCAAUGGUGGGACAGCAUGCAGAGUGUUCUAGAUGAUGUCGAGCCUCUAUAUAUGUUCUUGAGAUUUGCUGAUCAAGACAAGGUUCCAACUUUAGGUGAAGUGCUCAUGGAGUACCAACACUGUAGGCAGACAUAUGCAAGCAAAUUUUCAAAUGAUGGUGCCCGAUUUGACAAGAUCACGGAUGUUAUCACUUCAAGGCUAGCUACUGUAAUGUUGGGCACAUAUGUGCAGACUGCUUGUGCCUUGCAUCCAUACGUCAAUUAUGCUGUCGGGACGACGGCAGAUGUUUUGGAAGAUCUUCGAAAGGGACUUGAAAGGAUGUUUGACACUAGCACAGCGGCAGCUGCACUCCAUGAGUAUGAGUUAUUUAGAAACAAGGCUGGUCAGUUCUCAGGGGACCUUACUAGGAGAAUGGCGGUUGAUCGAAGCACAUCACCAUCUAGCUGGUGGUCCAUGUUUGGCUCAGAUACGCCAAACCUUCAAAGAGCGGCAACACGGCUUCUCUCCCAAUGUGUAUCAUCCAGUGGCUGUGAACGAAAUUGGAGUACGUUUGCAUUCAUCCACACAAAGCUUCGUAACAGACUCAGCUAUAGCAAGCUACAUGAUUUAGUGUUUGUAAACUACAAUCUCCGACUCCGUAUCCAACGUGCAUCAGCCACCGUAGAGCCAAGUGAAUAUGAUCCUGCUAGCAGUUUCAUGGACCUCUCAUUGUAUAGGCAACAUAGCGCUAUUCGGGAGUGGAUGGAGAAAGGGAGAUCCAAUGGACCACCCACUCUGGAUGAGGAUUCUGAUUAUAGUGACUCUCCAAUCCCUAGUCAGAUGUUCACCUCCCUAGCGCAUGAUGGUGAUGAAUCACCAUUGGAUGUUACUGGUUGGGCGGAGAAGAAUAUAGGCGACACCCAUUUUGGAAAGAGAAAGUCUAAAGUUGGCCCGGCUCAAAAACAAAGAAAAAAAUGUAGAAGAAAUGACGAAGAGGAAGAGGAAGAAAUUAGAAGUGAGGACACUACGCCUGAGCCAACGGGUGAUGACUACAAUGAAAAUGACAAUGAUGACGACGAUGACGACGACACCGAUGAUGGUGGCAGUGGUGGUGGUGAGACAGCCAGAGGGACUAGUGCGGUUGGAGGGAGCAGCGGUGGCCAUUCAGGUGGAAGGCCUAUUAGAUUUACUGGAGAGAGCCAUUUCACACAUGCCACACAGGAUGAAGACCAUGGAGCACCCACUUCACAGAGACAGACUAGAAGCUACCGAAGACAAUCCACACCCCAUGAAUAUGAUAGCUCUAGCUCUCUUAGCUCCACCAGUAGCUACCCUGCCGUACCAUCAUACCCAUAUCCAUACCCACAGCCAUACCCAUACCCACAGUCGUAUCCAUACCCUCCACCAGAUCCAUACGCACAACCUUAUGACCCUCGGCUGCACUCAUUGCAUAUCAUGUAUGACUAUCUGUCUGGGGCACAUCAUGAGUACAAGGAAGCUGAAUGA